AUGACCAUCCUAUGCACGGCAUCGCAGACAGAGCUGCACCGCAAUAGCGGGCGCUUCAGUUCGCUGUUGGCGUCCGACACCGUUCAAAAGUAUAAUUUUCCCAACAUCAAUGAAGACAUACAAGUCCCCGAUCCUAGGGUUUUCAAGGAUAUAUAUUUGCCUGCAUGGACAGAUUCCAUGUCCCUUCCCAGCAUCGCUCAAUGUGCCGCGCACUUGGAACUGUUGCAGGCGAUCAACCAUAUCCGUCGUGAAGUCCUCAAUUCGACGUACUUGGACGCGGUUCUUGACAUCAAGCCGGAGAAGCGGACAGUGGUGCAACGAUACUCCCGGGAAAAGAUCGAGGUAAAGGAUCACAAGUUUGCGCAGAAACGGCAGGUCAAAUGGCCAUUCUAUCUCAGGCUGGGAGUCGCCAGAUUUUUCCUCUGGUUGAAGAAGAUGGACGAGACGUUAGCGGUGAAUGACAAUGAAGUCCUUGAGCUGCCGGCCUGUCCUCCACUAGAUGUACUCAUUGCGUGGCAUUCCGCCCUUUUGAACCCGGGAUGGUUCAGGACGUAUUGCCAGACCAGUGGGAUCAAGCGUAUGCGGCGGGUGGUGUUUCCAUGGGGCAAAAUUCACCAAUGCAUCAAUGACAAAGACUGGACUUUCAGCCUGCCCUCCGAGGCAAGGCAGAACUUUACGAAUUUGACUGGCCAGGAAGCAGACCUGCUGGCCUACCUUCUAAGCUUCAAGCCUGAGCCUUAUACCUCUCUUCUAAUCGCUUACCGGGACUCGGCACCCGCGAAUAGGCUCUACCUGAAUAAGCUCGACAGUCUCUGUCGGGAGAAGAGGGAGUCACCGCACAGCGCCUUCGCUGUCGCCUGCCACGCAGCCGCCUACCCAGGCCCAUACGCGACAUACCUAUUUGCAGCUAUCGAGCGCCAACGCGUCUUUGUUGACAAGAUGGUUGGAUACCUCUGGAUCCGCAGCCCUGGCGUUUACGGGACGUUAUCCAGAGCGAUCGCACGCUACGAGUACUUCCUACAGCUAUUCAAACUCCGCCCAGGAACAACUCUGGUGCCAACGCUGGACAUCGACCUGGUGUGGCAUACGCAUCAAUGCUCGGCGAGCGUGUACGAAGCAAGUAUGGCAAAACGGGCAGGGAGGUUCAUCAACCACGACGAUACCAUUCCGCCCGGGGUGCUGCGGACGCUGUCGGACGAGACGUCGUUGCUGUUCAGAGACUACUUUGGCAUGGAGUAUCAUAUUUGCCUGUGCUGGGAGUGCGAGGCUAUUCAGUCGGCCGUGGAUGAGUGUGGGGACGGCGAGGAGGAUUUUAAGAAGCUGGCAAAUAAAGUUGUCGAGGAUUUGGCGGCUCAUCGGGUGGUUGAGUUGAAGCGGCGGAAUCAGGUACGAAGCAAUCCACAGUAG